GAAAAGCACAUAAAAUACUACAUAAACCAUCUUCUUUUCUCUGUAAAUUAUUCUCUAAAUUAAAUAAAAUUUGCAAGAGGAAGAAGAAAUUGUUGGCAGAUUUGAAAUUAACAUGAUUAGUGCAUUGUUUUGUGUUGUGUUUGGUGAAAUUUCAGUGAUCGUAACCCUUUUGUUUAGAAGUCCUAUGAGGAAGGUGUUGAUGGUAGGAAUAGAUUAUAUGAAGAGAGGAAGAGGUCAAUUGGUGGCAAAAACUGUGGCAGCAACGUUAUUUGGGGUGUUUAGUGCUAUUUUGUAUAGUGUAAUGCAAAUUCAAAAACGUACUUUGGAGUCUGGUGUGGUUAAUCCAACUGAUGAGGUUCUUCUAGCUGAAAGGCUUUUGGAAGCUACUCUAAUGGACAGGUUACACUACUACAUUAAAGAACUUUACAGAGUAAGGAAAGAGGUAGAACAGUUAAAAAGAUUAAAAUAACAGGAUUAUGAAGGCAAGAAGCAAAGCCUGAAAAUGGAGAGUCAAAAGCUAAAGAACUGGAAACUGUCUCCAAAAGAAGGGCAAAGGACGAAUGCUUGGCAAGAAAUCAUAUACAAAGGUUACAAGUUCAAGA